UGUGACUCGUGUUUCCCUCUUAUUCAAAUGACACUAAAGGCUGUUUCCUCACUACAGAUGAAAAGCAUCAAACCUCCAUUUGACAGACAGGGAAGUUCCAACAUGCUGGAGAGUGUGAGGACAACCGGGGGACAAAGCCAAAGACUGACGGACACAGUGAAGCCAGUGGACGACAGCAGCAGCAGCAGGAUGUGGUGCUGCAGCUCCCGACGUCGCAGUUUUUUAUUUGUUCUGGUUUUUUCGGGCGUCGUUUUCAUCAUUUACUACACCAACAUCAUGGGAAUGGCGAUGGACUGGAACCCUGAUUGGUGGCUGCAACAUCCGGCAAACUCCACCACUCACAGGUGGUUGGUUCCUUCAGAGACGCUGAACAUGGACGAGGCUUUAGCCGAAAUGCUAAAUUCCAGCAUCACAACCACCAGCAGCAGCGUCAGUGUCCCCGCUGAGACCAACCAAUCCAACAAUGACUCAGUGCCAACAACCCCGCCUCCUUAUGUGUCUCCAGGUCCAUAUUUGGUGGAAUAUCCCUACCAGUAUCACUUCAUCAUGAAUGAGCCGCAGAAAUGUGCCGAGCAGAAGCCUUUCGUGGUUCUGAUGGUCCCUGUGGCGCCACAGAACAGGGCUCAUCGAGACGUCGUCCGUAAAACAUGGGGAAGUGAAAGUGUGGUACUGGACAAAGUGGUGACGGUGAUCUUCCUGCUGGGGCUGUACACUGGAGAGGGAGGCGAGCAGCUCCGAGAACAGCUGCUGCAGGAGAGCAACGAGCACCGGGACCUGAUCCAGAGCGACUUCGUGGACUGCUACAAGAACCUGACCAUCAAGACCAUGGUGAUGAUGGAGUGGCUGGACGCCUACUGCUCCAACGCCUCGUACGCCAUGAAGAUCGAUUCGGACAUGUUCCUGAAUGUUCCCAGACUCGUCACGAUGUUGUCAAACGCUCCAAAAUCAAACUACAUGACGGGAUAUGUAGAGAGAGGAGCUAUAGUUCAAAGAAAUCCAAGGUCAAAAUGGUGCCUUCCCCGUGAGGUUUUCCCAAGGUCACAUUACCCACGUUAUGCUCUGGGUCUUGGCUACGUCCUCACUUUGGACCUCCCGAAAAAGCUGCUGGAGGGAGCCAAACAUGUCAAAGCGGUCUACAUUGAAGACGUGUAUUUGGGCUUGUGCAUGGAGCACCUGGGCAUCAACCCCACUGACCCCCCAGACUGGAACUAUUUUCACGUCUUUGCUGUUCCGUACAAUCGCUGCACUUUCUCCAAAUUAAUAGCAACAACGACUUUUACUCAAGCUGAUCGCAUGGCGAUGUGGGCCGACUUUUCAAAACCAGGUCCGUACUGCUGACAUGUGAGAGCUGGACGCACAACUGUGAAGACGUUGGCUCAAAGCCGACUCUGGUUAUUUAUUUAUUUAACAGUAGUACGUAACUGAUA